CCGAGGAUGUUAAAUAACCGUGGCCUGUGAAUGAAGUUACACAAGUAGCCACACACAUACACACACACAGGGUGUCUGCACUCGGGCUGUUUUAUUCUAUAGCCUAGUUUCUGUGGAGAAAGCUGUUAGAACGACCCAAGAGCUAACAUGGCUAAACGUAAACUCCGGCAGGAUGUUGUUGCGUCUGAAAAGGACAAGACAAAGGGUCAGGAUGUGAAGAAGAAGAAGAAGAAUGAAGCUGCUCCCAAAUCUCCGAGCAUCAAAGACAAGGUUACCAGAGCCAAAAAUGUUGCCAGGGCCAACAAGCCCAGAGGCCAAACAUCGACAAAGACACAAAAGCCAUCAGAGGCAAAGAAAAGCAAAUAUUUCAGAAAGGCAUUAAAAGAAGAGCCUGAGGACGUCUCCGAGGAGUCGAGCAUGUCGCUUCACGAGAGCGCUGUGCCGAAGAUCAAUGACUAUGAGAUGAAAGAAGAGAAAAAAGAAAAUGAUCAUGGGAGUGAGGAGAGUGAUGAAGAUGAGGAGUGGGAGGAAGUAGAAGAACUGGCAGCCCCAUUAGGACCAGUGGGGCCAGAGCAAGAACCUGCAGUCCCCUCUCAGCCUGUGGAGAUUGAGAUCGAGACGACUGAGGAAAGGCACAAAAGACAGAAAAAGGAAAAAGAUGAAGCCGAGUAUAUGAUGUACCUGCGCAGAAUGGUGAAUCGUUUCCACAAGACGGUACAGGAGGAUACACACAAGGUUCAUCUGUUAUGUUUGCUGGCGAGCGGACAGUUUCGGAACCGCCUGUGCUGCGAACCUGACUUAUUGGCCAUCACCUUGUCUUUAGUUCCAGCUCACUUUGCCACCCUUGUUAAAAAACCUAUCAAUUCUGUCUAUCUGGAGAGUCUUCUCAAGUGGUUUAAGGGGACGUUCACACUAAACACCGCCCUCCCUGAAGAGAAGGACGUGGGGAUGCAUGACCUGCUCGAGAGACGUUUGGGAAGUCUGUCAGCGCGUAAUCAUCAGGAGAUGACCUAUCUGUUCCUGCUGGUGCUGAGGUCACUGCACAUCUACUGUAGAUUAGUGCUCUCACUACAGCCAGUAUCUUUCAAGCCAACAACAAAGUUUACAGCACACACCUCCAGCUGUCCUCUUUCUAAAGACAAAUCUAAGGAAGCUGAUAAAACGCCACCAGAACCCAAAAUUUCCCCAGGUUCCAAACGCGCAUUAACUUCCAGUACUGAGGGGCAAGCAAAGAGGGGAGGAAAGAGACAGAAAAUAAAUGUUAAGAAUGAAGGGGACAAAAGGAAAGAAGCAAUCGCGGAACAAAGACCAAAAAACACCAGGAGAAGGAGUACAGCAUCUAAAGUGUCCUAUAAAGAAGACAGCAGUGAUGGGGAUGAACUUAGUGAUGGGGAGGAGUUUAAGCCGAACUUUGAGGAUGACAGCGAGGUUGACAGUGAGGGAGUGAAUGAGGAUGAGAGUGAGGAAGUGAAUGAGGAUGAGAGUGAGAAUGAGAGCGAUGACUCAGAGCGUGGUGCAAAAAGGUCAAAAAGGAAUUCAAAGGCCAAGGCAAAGGGCAAAAGUCAGGCUCCGCGGCGUUCCAAUAAGACCAUAAAGAAGAGAAAGGAGGAGGACGAGGGUAAAAAAGAAGACCUAUGCUGGAAGAAGCAGCGAGGAAAAGGAAAGCAGGAAAAAGGAAAUGAUGAAUGGAUAGAGGUGUACCUGAAAGCAGCAAAGCGCUGGAUAUGUGUUGAUGUUGAUGAAGGGGUGGGGCGGCCGGAUCUCUGCUUCAAACAAGCCACACAGCCUGUUACGUAUGUAGUGGGUGUUGAUGAAGGUGGCUAUCUGAAGGACGUGAGCAAAAGAUACGACCCUAACUGGCUCACGUCAUCACGGAAACGCCGUUUAGACUCCGAGUGGUGGGAGGAGACGUUACUCUACUAUGAGGGUCCGGAUUCUGAACAAAAGCGGGAAGAAGACAAAGAGCUAAAGGAGAAGGUGAUGGAGAAGCCCAUGCCCACAUCAGUAGCGGAGUACAAAAAUCACCCUUUGUAUGCACUGGAGAGGCACCUGCUAAAGUUCCAGGCAUUGUACCCCUCCACUGCCUCCAUUUUGGGCUACUGUCGAGGAGAAGCUGUAUAUUCACGGGAUUGUGUCCACACACUGCAUUCUAGAGACAUCUGGUUGAAGCAAGCGCGCACCGUCCGACUCGGGGAGGAACCUUACAAGAUGGUAAAAGGCUGCUCGAACCGCUCACGGAAAGCCAGGAAAAUGUCUGAGAACAAGGAUAACAAAGACCUGCCUCUGUUUGGCCACUGGCAGACCGAGGACUACCAGCCUCCUGUUGCUGUCAAUGGCAAGGUUCCACGUAAUGAUUUUGGAAACGUGUACCUGUUUAAACCGUGCAUGUUGCCUAUAGGGUGUGUGCAUCUGCGUCUGCCGAAUCUGAACAGAGUGGCUCGAAAACUCAACGUGGACUGUGCUGGUGCUGUAACAGGCUUCGAUUUCCAUGGAGGACACUCGCAUCCUGUGACUGACGGCUAUAUCGUAUGUGAGGAACACGAAGAGAUUCUGAAAGAUGCCUGGAAAAACGAGCAAGAGAUUCAACGGAAAAAGGAACUAGAGAAGCGUGAGAAGCGAGUACUAGGUAACUGGACACUGCUGGUGAAAGGGCUGCUGAUUAAGGAGAGGCUGCAGAGGCGUUACAAACAACAGGGCAUGGCCAAGGACACAGGCAUAGCGCAGGGGGCAAACAAAGAAGAGGAGGGAUUUUCAUCUGAAGAAGAGAAUGACAGUGGUGCCCAUACGGCUCCACCAUCUCUGGCUGUUUCAUGGCCGCAGAACAGGGAGGAGAAACAGGAAGAAGGAGGAGCUAAAAAGUCCAUCAGUAAAAGGGAGAGGCGUGGCCGAGAGAAACAUCUCUUCCCUUUCGAAAAAAGUGUGUAAUCUGAUUAUUUUCACUUGCCAUCUCUCUCUGUCUGUAUUUCAAUCGCAGAUUUCGUUGUCAUCUCGGUUAAUGCGACUAGAGCUACAUGAGAUGAACGCCUUUCUGUAGCAAUUUGUAAAGCAAGUGCAACUUUUGUCUUGCUUAAUUGAGGGGAAACAAACUAAUCCAUUAUCUCGCACAACUUCCAUGAAUGGAAAGUCUGUUUUUCCAAAACUUGGUUACAACAGAAAUUAAAAAAUUCUAAACAACAAUCUAUAUAUAUUCUAACUCUCUCUCUCUCUCUCUAUAUAUAUAUAUAUAUAUAUAUAGAGGGACAGACAAAUGAUUAAAUUUCUGUUAAAGGUGAAAAACUAACAUUUACAGACAUUUUACAUUUUUAAAAACGCCGUACAUGCCUAAAUGACGAUCCCAGCUCAUAGAACGCUGCGGUCAUUCCUGCAAAGAUUCAUCAAGUGGAGUGUGUGACCAUUAAAAAAAAUCAACAGAUAACGGGGGAACUGUACACAGUCAUUCAAAACGUCCACUGGCACAUGACAGGAAUUCAGCAGACUUAGCUCCAAGCCAUUUCCACAUGUUGGGGUCAAUAAGAGUUCCCGGGAGGCCAGCAUUUCAAUCAUGAAGCAGGCAGUGCGAUCAUGACCAUGGACUAUUAAGAAAACUUUCUGCCUUAAUGGCAUAUAAGCACUAGUGAAACGCUGGGAUGGGUGCAUUAGUGUAUCAGGGAUUAUAUUGGGAAAUAAAGGUAGCUUUACUCUCAUAACCAUGUUGUGUUAUUCUACACAUCAAAAGUCCCAGUUUGACUCGAACGGCUAGACUAGUUUUGCCCGUUUUUAAUAGCACAUGCAAAUGUGGUAGAUUAUUAUUUUAAGGUUAAAAAUGCAAAGAUAUUUCUGUAAGAACCUCUUAAUUGCAUGCUGCUAGUAUUUCAAGAACUCGAGAGCUCUUGCAUUAUGUUGUGUCUCAAUCAUUUCGUUGCUUCGGGUCGGUAUUUUCAGUAAGUACAGGAUAUCUGAUUGGCUGUGCGCGCACAACAUUUAACUUCCUCUUCCUUUACCAAAUACCUCCACUGUGUCUGUGACUGGAAGCCAGCAAUGUUUUUCUAGUUCUCAUAAACCCAUUAUAUUCAGUAGCUGCUGUGAUUAAGUGUAUUUCCUUUGUUUACUUUUCAUCGCUUUCUCUGCAUAUUUCCAUGUUGUUUACUGUAUUUCCUCAAAAUUCUGUCUUCCAAGAAACCUGAUAUAUCAUAAAUCUCCAUAAAUCUUCCACCAUAAAUGUUUAGACUUAUCUCAGGCCUAUCGUACAGUUGAAUAUUAACUACAGAUUUCAUCAUCAGCCUUAUACCUGAAAAAAUUCUGCUCUACAACUCAAUUCAUUAAGCGUUUACUGUAAUAAUCUUAUUUUUGACUGAUGUUGAUUUUUCACUCUUAUAGAUUUCUUUUGUAUUGAGAAAUAUUUUUCUGGAAAGUGUUUAUAAAAGUUUUUUACAUUUCAAUAAAAGCAAACAAAAAAAUAACAA